AAGUAUGGACACUUGGAUUGGGGAGGUCAUCAGUCCGUGCUGAAGAGGCUAUACCUUGAUGAAAACAACAGUCUCCUCGAGACCAUGCAGAUUAUGAAAGAGCAGCAUUCAUUUAAUGCCUCACAGAAGCUCUACAAGGACAAGUUCAAGGAAUGGAAUUGGCAGAAAAACCUGCCAGCGAGGCAUGCUCACUUCAUGACGGCCAAGGCAACGAAGAGGAAGAGGGAGGAAAAGAAGGAUACCAUAUUCUUCUACGGGGGACAAACAUGGACCAGUGAAAGAGCCGAGAGAACGCUCCUCCGUACGAAAAAAACACGGCUGGAUGACGAGGUCAUGGAUAUGAACACGCCGGAAGGUGUACGCUAUAAGACGCCUGACGCGUCGGUCGCAUCACCAAAAACGGCUCUUGUCACUUCACCGGCCGAGGCUCCUCCUCAGUCACCUAGCCAAGCCCCGAGUCCGUCGCCCAGUCAUAUUUCAAUUGUGUCGUCGAGCUCCAAGGCUUCAGACGAGUGUGUCUCCGGGUCGUCAGAGGCGUCUCUUACGGAUGGCAAACUCUGGGAGGGCCACACUCGAAGUGACCUUCUCGCCAUGUCGGACUCGGCACGGGUCCACAUUGAACAUCACAAUCCAGAAGCUGCCGGGAAGCUUUUACUCAAGGUCCUGGCAGGUUACCGCCACAUCCUUGGUCCUGCGCAUGAGGACGCGACCGAAGUGGCGUAUGCGGUGGCAAAGCUGUUUGCCGAGACUGGCCGCAUAGCAGGAGCCGUCGAGAUCAUUGAGGAUAUGGCCCGCGAGCACGUUGAGAGGUUGGACUCUGAGCAUAAGCGCACACAGCAGCAUGUGCUUCGUACCUUCGAGCUUCUCAGGAGCUGGGAUCGGCAAGUGGACGCUCUCGGCUUACUCGCACGUUCGAAGGAGCUGCUACAGACUAUCCCGAGCCAGACCUGUUGCCGCCAUCUCCGUUCACAUGCAAGGGAACCGAAUAGCAAAGACAGAGCGCCCGGGAGCUCUGGAAACGCUGCACAGAUGACAAUCGAUAAUUUGUUGGACCUGGUGAAGGAGAACUCCAGCCCUGCUAAUCUCGACUUCGCACUGUUAGCUGCCCGACCACACGUCGCUGCCGGGAACGAGGCGGUCGAGAAAUUGCUCAGAGCAGUCAUACUGCAAUGUUCUCCCCGUGGCGCCGUCCUCGAUAUUAAACGUCUAAAAGCCAGAGCCGAGUUUAUAAACCUAUACAUGAAUUUCGGCACCACUGACCACAAUAAUCGCGAUUAUGUGGGGUUAUUGAUGCGUUUCGAGGUGGAUUUCGAGGUGGAUUUCGAGGUAACAUGCGCCAUGCAUAAUGAAUCGGGCUGGGAUAGUUCCCAAACCCUCGAGGUGAUAGAAAUAGGCAUGCAGCUCGCCGUCAAUAUGCUUAAGGGGGGGCAUGGGUUCAAGGCCAGUAAGAUGUUCCGCAUAGUGGAGGAGAAGUCAGCUACACUGUUCGGCGCCUCCGUCGGCCGGACUAUCUGGAUCUUGAUCUCCAUCGGGCUGGCGUAUCAAGAGCACACUGCCUGGGAGAAGGCACGGCCUUGGUUCCAACGCGCCCUGGGCCGCGUUAUUGCCCUCUGGGGUCCUACGGACGGAUUGGCCAUGGCUCUCCAACGCGCACUGGGCAAACAACACUUUUCCGGCCUGUCGGGUGAAAGCCGGGCGUUGCCAUUCAGCUCAAUUCUUGGGAUACCUCUGAGUAUCACCGGCGGCCGACUUCACCUAGCCUGACUGCGCUCUGCAAGCAUUUGGGGUCUUGAAUUGGGAAACGAGAU